UCUCUUCCAGGGAGGAGCUUUCUGAACGUCUAUUAAAAAGGCACUAAAUUCACCUCAGCACACUAGUAUACCUCCACGAGCUGCCUAGGAGCCUUAAUGCAGGAAGAAACAGUUGGUUUUACUGGAAUGCUGCUGGGCCUGUUUCCAUGCAGACAAUUAUGUCCAUAGACAACUAUCCCCUUGCAGAGGAGCACCUCUGGUGCUGCAUCUGCCUGGAUGUGUUCACCAGUCCUGUCACAUUACCCUGUGGACACAACUUCUGCAGAACCUGCAUUGAGGAGCAUCUGAAGUCGAACCCUCAGCGUCAGUGCCCCAUGUGCAAGGAGAGAGUGGAUAAGAAGCACAAGCUCGGUGUGAAUACUUUUAUAUCUGAGCUGGCUCUUCAUUACCGGGCGUCAAAAGGACGGACAGCAGGAAACAGCUCACAGCAGAUCAGCGUGCCCUUAGGAAGACCUUCCUGUGGUCCCCCUGUUGGAACUAAACACCUGCCCUCAAGGUGCUGCCUGCUGUUAACCGUCACCCUUGUGGCUCUUAUCCUUUUCUUCACAGUUAACCUACAUUUCCUUCAAACACUUAUAGACGAGAAUCCAUCACUGCUUUCUUUAGUGCAAAAGACUGACAGUGUCUGCUCCGAACACCAUGAACCCCUCAAGCUCUACUGCAAGAAAGAUGAAGUCAGCAUUUGUGAAAGCUGCAGGGCCUCCAGUCACAGGUUCCACCAGGUUGUUCAUGUGGAAGAAGAAUACGAAACGAGGAAGGCUGAGUUGGGGGAAACGAAUUCCAGGAUUCAGCAGAUGAUCUUGCAGAGACGGAUCAAGAUCAAGGACAUUAAACACUCCAUGAAGCUCAGCGAGGAGGCUGCAGACAGCGAGACGGCCCAGGCCGUCCAGAUCUUCACCUCUCUGAUUCAGUCUUUAGAGAAGGCUCAGGCUGAGCUGAUCAGGAGGAUUGAGGAGAAACAGAAAGUGAAGGAGAAGCAGGAUCAGAGUGUCAUUGCUGAGCUGGAGCAGGAGAUAUCAAAGCUGAAGAGGAGGCACAUUCAAUUGGAGCAGCUUUCCCGCUCCGAAGAUCUUCUCCUUUUUCUCCAGAACGUCCCGGUGCUCAACACCACUCCAGCUACAAAAGACUGGACCCAGCUGAGGAUGUGUCCGCCCAUAUAUGAAGGACUGACGAGGACGGCCAUGGUUAGCACUACUAGUCAGCUGACAGAGGUCGUCAGAGAUGCGAUGGAGAAGCUGCAGGACGCCGAGAUGAAGAAGUUCCACCAGUUUGCCACAGAUGUUACGCUGGAUCCUGAUACGGCACAUCCCGCCCUCAUUGUCUCCGACGAUAGAAAACAGGUUCACCAUGGAGACGUAUGGAAGGAGCUCCCCUACCACUCUAAAAGGUUUGAACCUGCCAUCAAUGUCCUGGGGAAGCAGGGCUUCUCCUGUGGAAAGUUUUUCUACGAUGUCCAGGUCAAAGGAAAGACUGCUUGGACUCUGGGAGUCGCCAAAGAAUCAGUUAACAAGAAGGUAGAACUGAACCUAAACCCAGAAAAUGGCUACUGGGCCAUUCGUCUCCAGAACACAAGACAGUUUGUUGCUCUUUCUGACAACCCAGUUCCUCUUUCUGUGGGAUAUAAUCCAGAUAGAGUGCGAGUGUUUGUGGAUUAUGAAGAGGGUCAGGUGUCGUUUUAUGAUGUCGAUGCUGCUGUUCUGCUUUAUUCGUUCUCUGGGUGCUCUUUUACCGAUACAAUCUACCCGUUCUUCAGUCCUGGACCAAACGACGGUGGCAGGAAUUCUGCUCCUCUUAUCAUUUUUACUGUGACUCAAAGUAGAGAAAAUCAAAGCAAAGAUGAGUAUGUUUAAUUUCAGUAUGAUAAUUUGGAGAAUUAAAAAAAAUAUUUGUUUAUUUUCUUUAUUACGGUUCUAUGGAGGCCCCGAUGUGCUACUGGUUGUCAG